UUGGAGCUGGAAGGGGAGCUGGACCCACAACAUGCUGCUGCCGUUGGCUGCUUAGCUUUCCUCCCGUUUCAGCCGCACGCAAUUCUCCUGAAACCUGCCCCAGGCUGGCCGCCAGCAUGGAGAGCUUGCAGUUUCGGUUAUCCUCCCUUGCCCUGAUCGCCAAGUUAAACGACAGGAGCCGCAGCGAGUUGAACAAGUUCUUGACCAGGCAGAUUUGGAAUGAGCAGGAUCGCCAGUGUAUCCUUAACACUUUGGCACAGCUACUGUUGGAUAAAGAAUGUACGCUGCUGAUUGGGCGCCACCUCAGGCCUUUGCUACUGGAUCUUCUUGAACGUAAUGUUCAGACAAUUAAAGGAGCCCUAUUCAAUCAUGAUCUCCAUGAGAGACUGUGUGUGGCAAUGUGCAAGCUUAUUGAUAUCAGCCCUGAUGUCAUUUCGUUUGCACUGAGAUACUUCAAAGAUUCUCCACCAGUAUUCCAGAGGCUGUUUUUGGAGAGUUCAGAUUCCAGUACAGUCCGAUAUGGUCGGAAACGCAUGAAACUCCGAGACCUCAUGAGUGCAGCAUGCAGACUCCUGAAGGAAAACUGGAUAAUGUUCAGUGAAUUAUGGGAUUGGAGUGUAUGCAUUCCAUUGUUGAGAAGCCAUGAUACCGUGGUCCGUUGGUAUACAGCUAGAUGUCUUGCUGUUGUAACGAACAUGAAUGAUGAACAGAGGAACCAUUUCUUCAAGAAGAUUCUCACUACAGAAGAACUGACAAAUUUUAGACUCCAGCUGUUGGAAGAUGACCUGUUUCUCAAUGUGGAGAAGGCUUUGAUUCUGGCAAAUUCGAAGACGACAAUAUGGCAGAGAGCGAAACAAUUAACAUAUACCCAAGGGCACAUAAUGUCUGGAGAUUUGUCCGAGAAUGUUGUUGCUGUAUGUGGAGUAGUGUUACCACGGAAACAACUUAUCCAUCUGGACCAGUGCGCCAAUCAGCCCCUGAUGUUAGUCGCUUCCACCUAUAGUUACCUGCAGAACUUGGCAAUGGCAGUGGUGUCCCAGAAUGCUGUACUGCUGGAAGGACCAAUCGGUUGUGGUAAAACCACUUUAGUGGAAUAUUUAGCAGCACUUACAGGUCGACAGAAGCCGCCUGAAUUUCUAAAAGUACAACUCGGAGACCAGACUGAUAGCAAGAUGUUGCUGGGAAUGUAUCGCUGUGCAGAUGUUCCAGGGCAGUUUGUUUGGCAGCCUGGAUCCUUGACUCAAGCAGUAACCAAUGGCUAUUGGCUCCUCUUGGAGGACAUUGACUAUGCACCUUUAGAUGUAAUAUCGGUGCUGAUACCUCUCCUGGAGACUGGAGAACUUUUGAUUCCUGGCCAUGGCAAUUGCAUAAAGGCUGCACCUGGAUUCCAGUUUUUUGCCACUCGCAGGUUAUUUAGCAGCAAUGCUGGUUGGUAUAGACAACAAAACAGUCAUGCAACUUUGCUGGACAAACUCUGGACCAAAAUCCAGUUGGACAACAUGAACAGGGCAGAGCUGAAAGAGGUGUUAGUAAACCGGUAUUCAAACCUGGAAAUAGUAAUAGAUCGUCUUUUAGACAUUUAUUGCCAACUGACUGGCAAGAAACAUCAAGGAUCACAGAUCAUUUUGGCUGGAAAUCAUGGAAACAAACAAGUGCCUGAUGAAUGUGAAACAAAAACUGAAGAUAAAGACUUGUGCCUUGAGGGAAGAGGGUUAUCUUUGAGAGAUUUGUUAAAAUGGUGUGAACGCAUCAUUCGGAAUUUUGAUGGCUCUUCCUCUUCUACGGCUCUACACAUCUUUCAGGAGGCACUGGAUUGUUUCACUGCUAUGAUGUCUAAACGGGGGAGUAGGCAGAAGAUGGCUGAAAUAAUUGGAAGCAAACUGAACAUUUCAAAAGAAAAGGCAGAGUUCUUCUGUAAGUUGUAUAAACCUGCUGUUGAGUUCAGUGAGGUGGAAGUGAUUGUGGGACGGGCUGUUCUACCUCGGCGCAGAAGCGAUGUCGUCCUGUUGCAGUUGGAAACCCAAACCUUUUCGGCCACAAGACCCUCCUCUCUGCUGCUGGAGCAGCUGGCUGUUUGCCUAAGUAAAAAGGAGCCUGUCUUAUUGGUUGGUGAAACGGGUACUGGAAAAACCUCUACAGUCCAGUACCUUGCCAGAAUUACAGGUCACAAACUGAAGGUCGUAAAUAUGAACCAACAGAGUGACACAGCAGACCUGCUUGGAGGGUACAAGCCUAUGGACCGUAGACUUAUUAUGCUACCUUUGCGAGAAGCGUUUGAAGAGCUUUUCAUUCAGACAUACUCUCGGAAGCAGAACAUUACUUUCUUGGGCCACAUUCAAACAUGCUGCAAACAGAAACGCUGGCAGGAUUUACUCCGACUGAUGCUGCAUGUCUAUAAAACAGCUAUCAAUAAGGAACUAAAAACUAAGGAAGACAAAGGCUGGCUGAGAGAUAAAUGGGAAUUACUUGGUCUACGCCUGACCCAGGCUCAGCAGCAAAUGAAACUAACUGAAUCGGCACUGGUAUUUGCCUUUGUGGAGGGUACCUUAGCACAGGCUGUGAAGAAAGGAGAGUGGAUCUUGUUGGAUGAGAUCAACUUGGCUUCAGCAGAGACACUGGAAUGUCUGAGUGGACUGUUGGAAGGGAAUACAAGCUCACUUGUGCUGCUGGACCGAGGAGAUACUGAGCCCAUUCACCGUGACCCAGAGUUUCGCUUGUUUGCCUGCAUGAAUCCAGCAACAGAUGUGGGAAAGAAAAACUUACCACCAGGCAUAAGAAACCGAUUUACAGAGCUGUACGUUGAGGAGCUAGAAGAUGAAGGAGAUCUCCGAAUCCUCAUAUCUGAUUACCUAAAGGGAUUAAGUGUCAACAAGAAAACCAUUCAGGGGAUCAUUGAAUUUUACCUUUCUGUGCGUAAGGAGACAAGUGUCAAGUUAAUGGAUGGAACAGGCCACAGGCCACACUACAGCCUUCGGACUCUCUGCCGUGCUCUUAAGUUUGCAGCAUUGAACUCGUGCAACAACAUUCAACGCUCAUUGUAUGAGGGUUUCUGCAUGAGUUUCCUAACUCAACUGGAUCGUGUAUCUCAUCCAAUCGUUGAGAAAUUGAUUUGUCAUCAUAUUAUUGGGAACAAUGCCAAGGCUGUUCUCCAGCAGCCAAUACCAGAACCAAAAGGAGGACAGUCAUUACAGAUUGAAGGCUACUGGAUUACAACAGGAGAUAAGGAACCUUCUGUUGACAAGUUGUAUAUUCUCACACCCUCUGUCAAACUUAACCUAAGGGAUCUAGCGAGAGUAGUUGCUGCAGGGAUUCAUCCAGUACUUAUUCAAGGAGAGACAUCAGUUGGUAAAACCAGUCUGAUCUCCUGGUUGGCAGCAGCUACUGGAAACCGUUGUGUGCGGAUCAAUAAUCACGAACACACAGACAUUCAGGAAUAUAUUGGCUGCUAUGCAUCCGAUGAAACAGGAAAGCUUGUCUUUAAGGAAGGUGUGCUUAUUAGUGCUAUGCGAAUGGGCUGCUGGAUUAUCCUAGAUGAAUUGAAUUUGGCCCCCACAGAUGUCUUGGAAGCACUUAAUCGACUGCUUGAUGACAAUCGAGAGCUGUUCAUAACCGAGACCCAGGAAGUAGUAAAAGCACACCCAAGCUUCAUGCUUUUUGCAACCCAGAACCCUCCUGGACUAUAUGGUGGCAGGAAGGUGUUGUCGAGGGCAUUCAGGAACCGUUUUGUGGAGUUGCAUUUUGAUGAGCUUCCAAGGGCUGAAUUAGAAAUGAUUCUUAACAAGCGAUCCCGUUUGCCGCCCUCUUACUGUGCAAGACUAGUAAAAGUUAUGCUGGAAUUGCAGUCCUAUCGUAGAGGAUCAAGUGUUUUUGCUGGAAAACAUGGCUUCAUUACCUUGAGAGAACUGUUCAGAUGGGCUGAACGCUACAGGUUGACUGAACAAUUAAUGCCUGGUUACGACUGGAUUAGGCAUAUAGCCACUGAUGCUUAUAUGCUCUUGGCGGGCCGUGUGAGGAAAGAAGAAGAAGUUGCUGUUAUUCACCGUAUCCUUGAAAAAGAAUUUAAAAGGAAGCUCGUUCCAGAAGUUAUAUUCUCACAAGCAAGUCUUGAAAAACGAAUGAAUCAGUGGUCAAGUCUGAAGUCAGUCAUGUCUGAUGACUUUCGCCAUGUUGUGUGGACAUAUGGAAUGCGAAAGUUGGCAAUUCUGGUGGGACAGGCUUUGAAGUUUGGAGAAGCUGUGCUGAUGGUUGGAGAAACUGGGUGUGGUAAGACCACAAUGUGUCAGAUUUUUGCUUCCUUGUUCGAUCAGAAGCUACACACAGUGAAUUGUCAUUUGCAUCUGGAGACAUCUGACUUCCUCGGGGGUCUAAGGCCCGUCAGACAUAGUUCCAGUGAAAAAGAUGGUGCCAACCCGAGCAGGCUAUUUGAGUGGCAUGAUGGACCUCUUGUGCUUGCUAUGAAGGAAGAUAACAUGUUUCUGAUGGAUGAAAUCUCAUUGGCCGAUGAUUCUGUUUUGGAAAGACUCAACAGUGUCCUGGAAGAUGAGCAGACACUCUUGCUUGCAGAAAAGGGAAGUGGGGAAGAUGAUAGUGUGGACCUCAUAAUUGCUGGAAGCAGAUUUAGGAUACUUGCAACCAUGAACCCUGGAGGUGAUUUUGGGAAGAAAGAGCUUUCGCCAGCCCUGAGGAACAGAUUCACCGAGAUCUGGUGCCCACCGAGCAAUAGCCGUGAGGAUAUGAUGGCGAUCAUUCAACAUAAUUUAAGCCCUGGACUUUCUUUAGAUGGGCAAGAUCAUGAAGGCAAAAAUAUAGCUGAACUUGUUUUGGAUUUCAUUGACUGGUUAAAGAAUCAAGAGUUUGGGCGUCGAUGUGUCUUAAGCAUCCGUGAUAUCCUGUCCUGGGUGAACUUCAUGAACGUUACAACUAAAAAUGCAACUUCAGAAGUAAUGGAUUUGGAUGAAAGCUGUGAUUUUCAGCUUGACCCUGUCGCUGGAUUCAUACAUGCUGCCUGUCUCACCUGUAUUGAUGGAAUUGGAUCCGGGUCUACAUUUUGUUCUCCAGAAGAUACUUUAGCUGCUCGCAAAGCAUGCCUGAACUUCCUUUUUAAAAAAUUGUCCAAGGUCACAAAGUUGACGAAACGUAUGUUGAAAAUGCUAAACAUUUAUGAUCAGAAAAGAAAGAGGAAAGUUGUAUGGACUAAACGCUGUUUUGGAAUUCAUCCAUUCUACAUUCCCAUAGUAGGGGCUGUUGGAGAGAAAAUUGCAGUCCCAGACUAUGCACUGAAUGCUGGCACAACAGCGAUGAAUGCCCUGAGACUGCUGCGAGCAUUGAAGUUAAACAGACCAAUUCUUUUAGAGGGAUCACCAGGAGUUGGAAAGACGAGUCUGGUAGUUGCUCUAGCAAAGGCUUCUGGAAACCAACUUGUCCGAAUCAACCUUUCUGAGCAAACAGAUGUGACUGACUUGUUUGGGGCAGACCUGCCUGUUGAGGGGGGUAAAGGAGGAGAAUUUGCCUGGCGUGAUGGUCCUUUGCUUGCUGCCCUCAAGGCUGGACAUUGGAUUGUUUUGGAUGAGCUAAACCUAGCUUCCCAGUCUGUGCUCGAGGGACUGAAUGCCUGCUUUGACCAUCGUGCUGAGAUUUUUAUCCCCGAGUUGGGCCUUCACUUUAAUGUGAAACAUGAGAGGACUAAGAUCUUUGGUUGUCAGAAUCCUUAUCGUCAAGGAGGUGGAAGGAAAGGUCUCCCCAAGUCUUUCCUCAACCGAUUUACACAGGUUUAUGUGGAUCAGCUUUCAGUUACAGACAUGGAGUACAUCGCUGACACAAUGUUUCCUGCAAUUGGUAAAAAUAUCAUCAGUAAAAUGGUUCGCUUUAAUUACAAGAUUAACCAAGAGGUAAUGGUGGAAAGGAAAUGGGGGCAGAAAGGAGGACCAUGGGAGUUUAACCUGCGUGAUCUCUUCCGCUGGUGCCAGCUGAUGUUGGCAGAUCAGAUGCCUGGCUGCUAUGAUCCAGGCCAACAUGUUGCUUUGGUGUAUGCAGAUCGAAUGCGAUCUGAAGCAGACAGAAACCAUAUGCUUUCUGUAUUUGAAGGCACAUUUCAUUCAGAAGGUGAUGGAAUUCCAUCUCAUCCCUACACUGGAUCCAAAAAAUUCCACAUCACGCCACAGCAGGUUCAGGUUGGCUAUUCUGUGCUUUCUCGUAGUGGGCUGGCCAUUCCAAUAUCAAACAAACAGCUGUCCAUUCUUCACCAUUCACUUCAGCCACUGGAGUCCAUUAUGAAGUGCACACAGAUGGGCUGGAUGGUCAUUUUGGUGGGGCCUGCUGCCAGUGGGAAAACCAGCUUAAUCCAGCUCUUAGCUCUUCUAACAGGUCAAAAUUUAAAAAUCAUGGCAAUGAACAGUGCGAUGGACACCACAGAACUACUCGGUGGAUUUGAGCAGGUUGACAUUUUUCGCCCUUGGCAGAGUUUAGUUGGGAAGGUGAAGGAUGUUGUCAGCGCUGUCACCAGAGACGUUCUGCUCUCUGUAGACACUGUCCCUGAUGGUGGUGUUCUUCUCAAACUCUGGAAUUCAUUCCUGAUCAGUCAUUCACGUUGCCUGAAUGAAGAUCGUAGUUCUGGCAUUUCUUCUGAUGUGAUGAACAAACUGGAGAGUUUACUUAUUCUUCUUCAGCGCUUCAACAGCAAACUGAACACACUCUCACCUUCAGAGUUUUCAGAAUUGAUCACAGAAUUCCAGCAUUUUAAACUCCAGCGCAGUCAAUCUUUAGAUUGCCAAAGCCAUGGCACGUUUGAGUGGGUUGAUGGGAUGCUUGUACAGGCUUUGAAUUCCGGUGAUUGGCUGCUGCUGGAUAAUGUUAACUUCUGCAGUCCUUCUGUGCUUGAUCGUCUAAAUGCUCUUUUGGAACCUGGAGGAGUCCUUACCAUUAGUGAAAGAGGGGUGAUUGAUGGCACCAGCCCAACAAUUGUCCCACACCCAAAUUUCAGGCUCUUUAUGACGAUGGAUCCAGCGCACGGGGAAAUCUCUCGGGCCAUGAGAAAUCGGGGGAUUGAAAUUUAUGUUGCGGGAGAGCAUAAUGCAGACUCUUUGGAUAAACAGGAUAUUAAAACGCUGUUACAUGGACUUGGUUUUGUUGGAGAUCAUCCAUGCACUGAGUUGAUGGCAUUGUGUUCGGAAGUGAAGGAAAUCAUAGCAGGUGGUACUUCCUCCAUUUCUUCACUUCUCCACGCUGCUGUUCUUAUUGUUCAGCAGUUGAAACACAGUGUCAACUUGGCAGAGGCAUUCCAUCGAGCUUGUUCUGAAGUGUUUGUCCUUUCUCAGACUUCUCGAGCUCACCAGGAGCAAGUACAGGAACUGGUAGAGAAGCACAAACUCACAUUGAUGUCACCUGAGUCCUGGGGUGAUUCCUUGGUCUCUUUGGGAUUGUGGCCGGAUUCUAUCCCAUCAGCGGUGUUUACAGUGGAGGAAUCCAUGCUGUCCAUGGUCCAUCGGGAUGGACAGGUGCUUGCCUACUGUUUGAACCAACUGAGUUUGCGCAACAACAGGUCUCGACCUCUGACACUGACUGAUCUCGAACUAGUUUUGCAAUCCUGUAACAUGGACAGUCUUUUAUUCUAUGGCCAUAAAACAGCAGCUCAAGUCACUGAGUUAUCUAUGGUUCCUGCAGUUAUAAGGCUGGUCACAGAGAAAGCAUCUAAUCAAGACUGGCUGUUGAGAGCCAGGUGGUUGUGUCACACAGCAAAAACCCACCGACAGUUACCAGAAUUGGUGUGUGCCCAACUGGAGGCAGGGGCAAAGGCUCUUAAUGUAGUUUACUCCAGCGUACUGCCUGCAGGAAUGAAAGAAGUUAUACAGCAAUUACAGCUCGAUGCAAACGAGAGUACUUCAAUUCCUUUGGAUCCGCGAUGGAACCAGCAACAUUUUGAUAUUUUGCUAAAUUCUAUGGCAUAUUCUGGGCUGCGUUGUUCUAAAGAGCUUCAAGUGCAGCUCUGCUCCAUCGCUAACAGGAUGGCACUUCUGAUGGACAGGGAGGAAAGAGGAUACAUGGAGAAAAUGUUGUUGUCUUCUGAUGCUGCAAAAAAAUCAGGCAGGCGAAGUGCUUUAAGGGUAUCCAUUGCAUUCCAGAAAGGAAUGGUGAACUUUGAUGACCUGCCUCACCCAGUCUUGGCUCACCUUGCUGCUUUCUUUGAAGCCUGGGAUGCCUGUGUGGUGCAGUGCAUAAAGUCUCCGUUUUCCAAUCUGGAAGAUGAUGUCUUCCAUGAGGUGCAGUGUAACACUUUGUGGCGGGAUCGAUUCUGGAUCGUUUCAGACAGAGUUACUACAGAUCCUGAGGGAAUAGCGUUGCUGUCUCUCCACUGGCAUUGGGUCAUGAAACACCUCCUGAAAGAUCAUCUCAGUCUGUUAUCUGACUCAUCUCAAGUUCCUCAAGAAAUUCGCACGAUUUCACUGAACCUGCAGAGCCAUCUGGCUAGUCCUAGUGGAAUGACUGCCAGUGUGAAGGGACUACAGAAUUCAUUGGGUCGUCCUCUUCCAUUCAAGGUUGGAUCUGUUGUGGAAUGUGUAUCUAAACUCAAGGUAAUGAGUUCUGCCCUGGAUGUGCUGAAACUAAGGCCAAGAAUGACGGACGUAACUUGGAAAGAACAACUUUAUAGAAUAAAAGCAGCUGCUUCUGAUUGGAAUAUCAAGCGACACUUGAUGUUGGCUUGGGGUCUCGUAGUUCAAGCAAAUCACUUCGCAGAAUAUAACACUGAUAUGUUGCAGUGUGUGGUAGACUCCCAAACUUCAGCGAUGAAAUCUCAGGGUCUUCUAAAAACUUCAGACUCCCAAAACCUUGAGACAGGCCUACCUCAGCUGGAUGAAGCAUGUUUGAAUCAAUUAGCAACAAGUACAAUUCAGCUGUGGCCUGUACAGGAGUACCUGGCAUUACUCUGCAAGUAUAAAGUGGUGACGGACCUUUUGGAUCUAUCAUUAGUCUCCAGUGCCAGAACUAAACCAGAUCAGUCAAUGAUGCAUGCUGAACUCCGUCAAUUAGUAACAUUCUGCUUGAGAUCAACUCCAAUGGCAGCUCGAGAACUCCGAGGAUUUUGGUACUUAGCACAAGCUGAUGAGCUUUCUCCUGAAGAAUUGAAGUUGCUGAGUUCAGAACUCAUGUCAACCAUAUUUGGAGCAUUUUGGAGUAGCUCUGUGACAACAGACCCUGACUAUUGGCUGACGUGGAAACCCCUAGCAUCUAUUGGAGAUGAUUGGGUAUCAGAAACUAUCAUUGACAAAUCUCUAAAGGGGCCUGGCAUUUUAUGUCGCGAUGUCCAAUCUAAGUGUUUCUUUGAAAUUCUCACCAAUACCAAUCGAAGCACUUCUGGGUCUGUCAGUGGAAUUGGUGUGAUGAUGGUUUCCCACGUGACUCUGGGUGAGUGGCUGGAGCGGACUCAGCAAUUACAAGAAGUCAGCUCAGUGUUGUGGACCAACAUGGCUGUUGGUUCCUUUGCAGAUUUCAGAUUCACAGACUCCAGAUUGCAGUGCACACUGCUGCUUAAACAGCUCCAUGCAAUUAAGGAUCUUUUGCCAAGAGAACUUCAGGAGGAAUAUUUACAGACGUGUGACCAACUUGCCAUUGACAAAAACAGCAUUGCCAGUCACAGUAUUCAGAGUUUGCUCAGCAACCUUGCGGAGCAGGAAGUACUGCCCGAAGAUGUUGUUUCACUUCUUGUGACCAGCGUACGGAAGUUUGUGGGUAAAGAAAAGGAUUUUAGAAGCCUUUCGGCACAGGCCCGGAGUGGCUGUCUAUGGGUAAACCUAGGAUUGCUACAGAUUCAGAUUUGGACACCGCAGACCAAGUUUGAUCCUGCUGUCAAAAAGCUGUACAAGUUGAAUUAUGUCAAGGAGGAGUUGCAACAAUUGCAGUACGAAUGGAAGGGCCGCAGCAUGUCUGAACAGUUACUGACCGGUCGAGAACUAUUACAGGAUGGAGUGAACAGACAUUGCCAUCCCCGAAUUAGGUUUUUGCAACAAAGAAUCAGCCAUCUGAAGGAGCAGAUUGCAGCACUGUCCAGAAAACAGGCACACCGUCCCGAUGUACCUCAGUAUGAUUAUCUCUACCAAGAAAUCCACCACUAUGUGAACAGUGUUGCACAGAAGUCCAAAGUCAAAUCACUCCUCUCCCAUCUCCUGCUGCUUCUACAGGCGAAGAGGCCUAAACCGCGACAGAGCAUCCAGGUCAUACUCGAUGAAGAGGCAGCUUGGCAGCAAUCCCAUCACCAGUUCAGGAGGCGAAUCGCAGAAGAGUACUGUCAAUAUCCUGAUGUCAUAGAGCCCUUACUUGCUGCCAUUUUGCAGAUGCAACAUGGCAUGAGACUUCUGGCAUCUGAGGUUCACUUGUCAUUAAAUAAUAAGCUUGUCAAGCAGGCUGACCUCACUAGACUUGUCACUUGCCUUUUGGCCUUCCCUUCCAUCAGCUUCUCAUUCCCAACCUACCUUGCUCAGGCAGGUGAAUUAUGUUCAAAGGCCUCCGUGGAGACCCUCAAAGGGCUUAACCAGUUCUUGUGUAAGAACUCAUUAGAUGAAAAGUCUCUGGCUAGGAAACAACAGUUGCUGCCAACACAAGAACAGCUACUGAUGAAUGCUCUACUGUAUCUGCGUUGUCAUGUACUUUCGCUGGGUGAACUGGACCAGGCGUCACUGCAACUUUUCAGACACAUCUGCCAGGCAAUGGUAAAUGCCUGGAAUGAGCAGGAAGAAUGUAGGAGAGCGAAAGAGGAGCAGGAAGCCAACCUGUACAAGUACAAGAGCAAACAACAUGCCUCCGGUCUGGCUGAGGCUGAAGAGGAAGAAGAGUUCAAACAGAAUUUCCCACAAUAUACCAAGGAUUUUUCUGAUAUCACAUCUCAGCCCAGUCUUGAACAAGAGAUGGACACUGAAGUUGAGAGCACAGUGGCUAAAACGGCUGACGCUGCUUCCAUAUCACAGAGCUCAAUUCAAAUUAUCAUAAACAUUCACCAGCAAAUAUGUAUGGGAUUUGUGCAAACUGUGUGGUACCGCCAUACUGCGCCAGCACAUCAGUGUAGUGACUACCUUAGUGCUUUUGUGUCCUCUUACCAUACAGCUGCCUUGCUAAAUACACAGUUCUAUUCUCUAAUUGAUGCUUCCUUGAGUGGACAGCUUCAUGGUGGUCAGUUAUUGAUCAGUGCUCUCAUCCAAAACUCUGUUGGGGGAGAAGAAACCUCUGAGCUCGUCCUGCCCCAGGAAGAUACUUUUGACUUUUACCAACACCCAAAUAUCCAGGAAGCUAAAAAGUGUCAGCCCGUCCUGAGGAACUUCACCCAAAAGGUGAAAGAAUUACUACUGGACUGGCCUGACCACCCAGCUCUGCUGCAGCUGUUGGUUGUAAUGGACAGAAUUAGAAGCUUUCCUGUUUCCUGUGCUUUAGCGAAAUUCUUAAAUGGUAUGGAGAUCCUCUUGAACAAAUCCCAGGACUGGGAAGAGAAUGCUAGUCGAUCUGUGUCCUUACGGCAGCAUCUUGAUGCUGUCAGCCAACUGAUCAUCCAGUGGCGCAAACUGGAGCUAAAUUGCUGGUCUAAUGGUCUUAAUAUUGUGAUGAAAAGACACAUGGAGAAAUCAACCAAGCAUUGGUUUUCAAUCUACCAGCUAAUUGAAAAAUACCUUCAGGAACGAACAGAAGAAAACUUGCAAGAGAUGGAAGAGCAGAUGAAGCUGCCGGCAGUAAUCAAAACACUGCAAGCUUUCAUUGAAGGAGCUACCCUGGGAGAGUUUCAUUUUCGCCUGUCAAUGCUGCUAGCUUUUCAUUGUCAUGUUUUGACAGUGCCUGAACAGGAGGGAAAAGAUGUCAUGUGCAGUUUACUCUGGAAUUUAUACAGCUACUACAAGCAAUUUUCAGAGUGUGUUCAGGCUAAAAUAACUGAACUCCGUCAUCCGAUAGAGAAAGAAUUGAAGGACUUCGUUAAGAUUAGCCGAUGGAAUGAUGCCAGUUUCUGGUCCAUUAAACAGUCAGUGGAGAAAACACACAGAACGCUCUUUAAGUUUAUGAAGAAGUUUGAAGCUGCACUCAACAAUCCAUGCUGUCCUGCAUUAACAGAAAUGGGAAGAGCUGGGAGCUUGGAUAGUGUUGACCAACAGAAACAGACCAAGAUGGAGAAGCUGAAUUGUGUGCUUAGAAAGGUUUCUUCAGAAAAAUGUCAUGUAACACAGGUCAUUUUUCCUGACUUUGGCAAAGGUAGUGCCUCAUUAGAAGGGAGUUCUCUUCAGAGCCGUCUACCAGCACUGAGUAAACGAAUGAGGAAAAUGUGCCUGAAACUUAUGACAACAAAUUCUCUUCCCAGUUUUGUGGAAAGUCUGGAUCAAUUUACAGGUGAUGUCAUCACUGCUGUACAGGAUCUCCAGGCACUUGUAGUUGACCAAACGGCUGAUAAGGACAAACAAAGGUCAGAAGUCAAACAUAUUCUGAUGCAGAAGCAAAGGGCCUUGGCAGAUCUCUUCAAACACCUCACUGAAAUUGGUCUGUCUUACCGCAAAGGACUAGCUUGGUCUAAAACAGAAGAUCCUCAGAACAUGCUUUGUCUGCACCCGCUUGAUGUGAAGACAGCUGUAAAUAUGGUUGCUAACAGUGAUGAGCUGGAUAAUAUGCUGCUUGCUGAAGUUUCUGCUGCAUGGGAGGGCUGCCACAAGUUUUUCUACCAAUCUCUUGCACGUCGUGCUGCCCUCCAGGCAGCGAUGCACACUCCUGCAAAGGAACUUAGCCUGGGUAAUGUUGAACGUUGUCGAGGGUUUACAGCUCACCUGCUGAAGCUACUUAUCGAACAAAGGCAGUGCCUAACUGGGUUAACUGAGCAGUGGGUCAGCUUAAGACAUCUGAUUAAAAGUCUAGAAGAGAUUCAGAAAAGGCUGGCAGGUUUCAAGGAGCACGAUGUGGCUCUUCCACCUCAAGAUGGCGUCAAACUUUGGAUGGCCCAACUGCGCACUUUGUCUAUGAAGUUUAUAAUGGCCUUGGAGCAACUUUUGUGGUUCUUGCAGUGUUGUCCAAGAGACAAACCAUCUGAAACCAAUGAGGUGCAGGACAAAACCAUCAAUACUGAGCAGAUGGGUAGCAGCAAAGAGAGCUUGAGAAAUGCAGAAAUGGCAGCAACAUCUUUGCCUGAGGAUUUUGUCCUGCCACAUUUGAGGUUCCCCACACCAUUGGUUGAAGAUUACUUGCCCAGCGCUUGUAAAAUGCGGCAAGGAGACCCUGUGUGGCAACAAGUGACUCAACAGGUUGUAAACAUGUUGAAGGAGGUCAAGGCAGUGAAGGCCGAUGUAGAUAAAAUGAGUCACCAAACCAGCAAAACCUUGCUAUAUUCAUGGGCGUGUUUUGAGACCUGUUCAACAGGGAUUGGUUGUCUGAGUAGGACGAUGGUUCAAUUGCAAGAUGUACAGGCUAUGUUUGCUGCUCCUGCCUCUGGUAAUGCAUCGUACUGCCCAGCACUGUUCAGGAGCUUGGAAUAUAUUAAGGAGGAAGUCAGUUGUGCAAUGGAUGAAUUUACAACAUGGGAGAAAGAACUAUUGAAUCUGACAUUUGAUGAUUCCAACGUGAGUUCAUUAGUGGACUUCUCCCUGCAAGUGGAGCCAGCAAUUAAUACAGUACUUUGUGCUGUGCAGGCUGUAGUAAAGAGGCAGAAAGAGGAGAAUGGAAAGGAACAAGAGAAAAUCACUGGAAAUGAAGGUAAUGAGAAUAAGGAGGUGGUGCACAAAGUUCAGUCUGGAUACCUAAGUAAAUGUUUGGGGCAGCAAUUAGCAAGCGACAUUACUUCUUUAAGUCUGCAGAAAGUUAUUGCUGCUGUUUCUGACCUUCUGGAAAAACUAAUUGACUAUCGCCAGGAGUGCACACUUGAACAGUACCAGUUGUUCAAUCAAAGCUGCCGCAGCGUUGUGCGACUCCUUCCUAUGCUGACUACCUACUCUGAGCUGGUUCUAUACUACCUAACGAUUUCUAUGGCCACUCACAGGAGCAGUGGAAAAUUGCUGUCUGUUUUAGCUCAUUUAUUCACAGACCUUGCUGUGCAGGGAUUCUGCCUUCCCAAAGAGUUCAUGGAGGAUGCAGCGGGAGAAGGUUCAACCCAAUUCCAUGAUAAUGAGAGUGGAGGAAUUGGAGAGGGUGAAGGCAUGAAGGAUGUCAGUGACAAGAUAGAAAAUGAAGAGCAGGUGGAAGAUACUUUCUGCAAAGACCAAAAAAGGAAAGAAGAUGUGGAGGAUAUGGCAGAUGUUAAAGAGGAAGAGAAUGCGAUAGAAAUGUCUGAGGACUUCCAGGGAAAACUGCAUGAUGGAGACAGCAAAGAACCGGGAGAGGAUGACAGUGAUGAGGAAUCAGAUCGUGAAGAGGAAGAAGAACUGGAUAAACAGAUGGGUGACCUAGAAGAUGCGGAGGCUGACAAACUAGAUGAAAGACUUUGGGGGGGUGACGAUGAUGAAGACAGUGUUAGCGACGAGGCUGAAGAUACUGGGCCUGGGAUGGAUAUGGAGACGUCUGAACUCGUUGCUAAAGAUGACAAUAUGGAUGCAACAAACCAAAAUGAGAGUGACAAAAAUAGAAAUGAGGAGAAGGAAGAGGAGAGGGGGGAAGAGGAAGGCAAAGAGAAAAUCCAUGAGCAGUUGGAUGAGCGUGAGUACGAUGAAAAUGAAGUGGAUCCAUACCAAGGCAAUCAGCACAAACAACCGGAAGCAGAGGCCUUGGACCUGCCCGAAGACCUCAAUCUGGAAAGCCAAGAUGGAGAAAAGAGUGAUGAGGAUCAGGAGGAAGAAGGGGACAAUCCGUUUGAUAUAGAAGAAAAACUAAAGGAUUUCCAUGAGAAAGAUCCAAAUCCAGAUGAAGAUGAGACGCUGGAGGAGAGUGCUCAGACAAUGGAGGAGAGUGCUGAGCCAGAACAGGACCAAGAUUCUCAAACAGAGCAGGAAACUGAUGAGAAAAAGCAAGAGAGUGAGAGCAAGGAAGAAAAUCUUGAGGAAGACCAGGAACAUGGGAAAGAAGAAACUGCUGAAGACAUGAACCAACAGCAGCCUAAAGAGGAUGAACAGGAGGAAUCCGCCAGGGAAAACAAAAGAGUUCCCGAUGACGAGGGGCAGCAGCCAAAAGCAGACGAGGAAACAGAAGAUGACCAGGAGGUCCCUCAGUCCGAACAGCGAAUGGAGCAUGAAGCUGAGGGAAAGACUGGAGAGGAGAACCUUCAGAGUGAUACAGCUGUGGAACUGGCCGGAUCUGCAUCUGAGAGAGACCAAGCUAAGGAGGAACAAGGGACUGGGGCUGCAGAUGCUAACCAGUCAGAGGGUCAUGAGUCCAAAUUGAUGGCAAGGGUUGCAUCUCAAAGACAAUCUCGGGACAAAACGCAGAGUUUCAAGAGAAAACCUGGCCGUGCAGAUAAUGAAAGAACAAUGGGUGAUCGCAAUGAAUGUGCGAGCAAGCGACUCAAGAUGGUGGAAGCCAACAGUGCAGCACAACCUGACACGAUGCAGUCAGAACAAAAAGUGAAGGAAGCAGAUGUUUAUGAACAUAUCAAAGAAGGAAGUGAUUCUUAUGAUGCUCAAACAUAUGAUGUGGCCACAGCAGAGCAACAAAAUCCAGGUGGACCGGAACAGGAAGAGGAGACCAAAGAGGAGUCUGAAUCUAUUGAAAUGGAAAGUGACCAGGAAGAGGAGUUGCAGAGCGUGGAUGUACAGGAGCUGAAGCCAGAGAAAAAAUCUUCAUCUACAAAAGUACCAGGAUCUGACAAUAACCUUGAAGGAGAGUUUCAGCUUCCCAAACCUGAAGAGAUGGAUGCUGCAACAGAUGACUGGUCAGAAUCAGAAAAUGAAGAGAUAUCUGAAAGACGCAGCGAGUCCACCAUCCACACUGUGCAUGAACUGCUAACGGAGGACAUUGAGCAAAGCAUUGUUCCUGACCCGGAAGAGCUACGUAAACAGCUGGAAGAGCAGCUGGAUGCUUGGCGAAAUCAGGAGGCUGGAAAUCUAGAAGAGGAGAAAGCUUCUGCUGAGAUGUGGCAGCAAUAUCAGGCAUUGACAGCUCCACUGUCACAGCAACUGUGUGAACAGCUUCGGCUUAUACUGGAACCCACCCAGGCAUCUAAACUCAGAGGUGAUUAUCGAACUGGAAAGCGAUUAAACAUGCGCAAGGUGAUUCCUUAUAUCGCCAGCCAGUUCCGUAAAGAUAAAAUUUGGCUUCGCAGGACAAAGCCGAGCAAGCGGCAAUACCAGAUUUGUCUGGCAAUUGAUGAUUCUUCUAGUAUGGUUGACAAUCAUUCCAAACAGUUAGCCUUUGAAUCAUUGGCUGUAAUUGGAAAUGCUCUCUCACUUCUAGAGGUUGGACAGGUUGCUGUGUGUAGCUUUGGAGAGAAUGUCCAAUUGCUGCAUCCAUUCCAUGAGCAAUUCAAUGAUCAGUCAGGAGCAAGAAUAUUGAGGAGCUGUCAAUUUCAGCAGAAGAAAACUAAGAUAGCUCAGUUUCUGGAAUCUGCAGCCAGCAUGUUUGUUGCAGCACAGCACCAUUCCCAGCAGGGAAAACCAGAAACAGCACAAUUAUUAUUGAUAGUGUCUGAUGGACGAGGUCUGUUCUUGGAGGGGAAAGAGCGAGUUACAGCAGCUGUUGAGGCUGCUCGACACAGCAACAUUUUUGUUAUCUUUGUUGUACUGGACAAUCCUGACUCCAAGGAUUCCAUUCUGGAUAUUAAAGUCCCUAUAUUCAAGGAUCAAGGAGAAAGUCCUGAAAUUAAAUCAUAUAUGGAAGAAUUCCCAUUCCCGUUCUAUAUCAUUUUAAGAAAUGUGAAUGCCCUCCCAGAGACGCUCAGUGAUGCUCUCAGACAGUGGUUUGAACUGGUGACAGCAGCUGAUCAUUAACACAAUGGAAUGCAGAGAGUUGACACAUGUUGUUAUGUUGUCCAUUGGUAUUGCAAAUCAUUGCACAUGCUGUAAUAUUUAAUGUACUAUUCAUUCAGAUUAGCAGGGAAGAGAAACCUUUGUCCUGUGACUGAGAAUUAUAGGCCUGUAACUUCCGAGUUGCCCAGUGUCAGAUUUGGGGGGUACCCCAGGGAUGCACUGGGGAAUCCCUCAGGGAAGUUCCCAGGUAAGGGUUUGCACAGCAAUUACCCAGAAGUGCACAGUUCCUCUGGACAAUUGCACUGCGCUGGGAAUCAUCUGAAAAUGCGGUUUAAAUCGCAGACUUCGGAAGGUUCCGCUGGGGUUAUACCAGUAGUUACUCAGAAAAAGUUAGAAGAAUUAACACCUCUUCUAACUUCUGAGUAACUAUUGUAAAGACCCAGACUGACCCUCAAGGGACUCCUUCCACACCCCUUAAACCCGACCCCAACCUCCAACAUUCCCCACCCCCCUUUGCCCUUUGACCGACCACCCCUGGACCUCCGGCCCAAUCCUCCCCCCACCACCGACCUCUGACCUGGACACCGCCACCCCCCAAUUCUUAUCCACUUCCUUCUUCAUGACCUGUCAAUUUCCCUGCCUUUUAAACUUACCUGCUUUACGGCAGCAGGUGCCGUAAAAAAAGGGGGCGCGAUCUCCUUUAAUACGCUGGAGCUACACUUCGCUGGGGCCUGCAAGUAUUCUUUUGAUGUAGGCCCCAAGCAGCUCUAGUGAACAGAAGUGGCAAUGCAAUUUAAGACCAGGUAAGUAGGUAUUUAUUUCUUCUAAUUCCUGCUGGCCACCACUUUCUGACACUAGUCGGAGGUUACGGCCCAUGAUGUUAAGACUGAGCUUAGAAUGUGAAAUGUUCUAUUCACAUUGAGAACUGUACCACUGUGUUCAUGGUGGUUUGUGCCAAAGGCACAGUUUAUUAUACUAAAUGUGAGAACCUGUCUGAGGUUUGAGUGUCAUAUGUUGUUUUGUAACAUGUGGAUAUUUGUUGCAAAUGUGAAAGCUUUAGCAUGUUAUUUGGAGGUAGCUUCAUACUUGGGAUUGUAUUCUUCGUAUCUUUUUGUAUGUCAAUAA